UUAGGCAUUUUCAAACUGAUUGGUAGCAUUCACAAAUCUUUAUUUAUAUUAAUGUGGUCACCCUGCUUGUCUUUUCUCUUGAAAAGAAGAUCCACAAAGAAUCAUCAAGAUGUUGAUGCCAAAAAAAAACCGUGUUGCUAUAUAUGAAUAUUUGUUUAAAGAAGGAGUCAUGGUAGCAAAGAAAGACUACCAUGCUCCUAAACACCCUGAACUUGAAUCAAUCCCUAAUUUACAAGUAAUAAAAGCAAUGCAGUCUCUCAAAUCCAAAGGAUAUGUCAAAGAACAAUUUGCUUGGCGACAUUUCUAUUGGUAUUUAACAAAUGAGGGUAUUGAAUAUCUACGUGGAUACUUGCAUCUUCCACCUGAAAUAGUACCAUCUACAUUAAAGAGACAAGUAAGAUCUGAAACGACAAGACCUAGGCCAGCUGCAGGACCAAGAAGCGAAGCUUCAAGACCAACAGAAGACCGUGCUGGAUACAGACGAGGUCCAGGAGGUCUUGCUGGACCUGCUGAUAAAAAAGCCGAUGUCGGUGCUGGUACAGGUGACUUAGAAUUUCGUGGUGGUUUUGGACGUGGAAAAGCCCCAUAAACAAUUUUUGUAAAAUAAAAUAAUAAAAAUUUUUUAAUAUAA